GAAAGGUCCUUGAUUCAACCUUGAUUAUGUAUUUGCCUCAAUCCUACCCAGGUUCUACAUACUCCCCUGAGCCUCGCCGAGCCUCAUUCACCUAAAAAAUCUCCGUUCCUCUGUUAAGUUUUGACGGGAUGCUUGAAUGGACCCCAUCACAAAGAAGGCAUGCCCACUGUUGGUGGCAGCUGAUCUGCUGACGCUCGAAUUCUGAGUUCAAACUUUCAUUGAAGUUCAAAGUCUUUGGAGUCCAGUCAUGUUCCCUACAGAUUCUGUCAGCCUCGCUUCGAUACCGACGUCCUUUCUUGUUGGGAUAGGACUCAUUAUAAUUACCAUUGCGGCUAUAUACCAGCUCGUACUGUAUCCCUUCUACUUAUCCCCUCUCCGUGCUCUUCCUGGUCCCGCUCUCGGUCCGAAUCUAUUAAUCGGACGCUUUGGCGACAUUCUCAAUGGAGAAGCCGGGAUUCCUCAACGAGAGUGGGUUAAGAAUCAUGGCAAAGCUAUACGAGUCGUUGGUCCGAUAGGGAUACAGAGAGUCAUUUUUUCUGGUGCGGAAUCCCUGCAACGGAUACUCGUUACUAAUUGGAUUUCCAACCCUCGGCCGGGUUUCAUGCGCGAUACUCUUGGAUUGGUAGCUGGAUAUGGCCUUCUGACCGUCACUGGCGAUCGCCAUAAGCAGAUGCGAAAGGCCAUGAACCCAGCAUUCUCUAUUUCUAAUUUGACAGCUCAGACGGACAUGUACUACGAUGCUAUCGACAACCUCCUGUCUAUCUUGAACACUCGUGUCGAAAAAGCGCAAGGGGGACAAGGCUCAGUUGAGAUUAUGUAUGAAUGGAUGAGUAAAGUCACGCUCGAUAUCAUCUGUCUCACUGGACUAGGGUACGAAGCCGACUCCCUUCGCAAUCCUCAUAAUGAGUUGGCGCAAGCUUACGAAGAACUUAUCUCCCUUCAGACUGGUCGCAACCUCGCACAACUCAUUGUAAUUCUCUCCAUCCCCGGCAUGUCGGCGUUCCUUCGUUCAAGAUUUGCUUGGAGACGUCGCAAGCUACUUGCAAAGAUUCCUUUGUUAUCAAUCCUCGUGGACGCGAUGCAUCGUAUCAAAGCAGUAUCUGCUUCUAUUCUACGUGAAAAGAUGAAGGAGGCCGAGCAUCUGGGAAAUAAUGAAGACACAGCGGCGAAGAAGGACAUAAUGAGCUUACUCGUUCAGGCUCGUAUGGCUGAUCUGAAAUCUCAUAAAUCUGUCGGAGGUGGGAUGGGACCUGCUCCGUACGCCAUGAGCGACACGGAGAUGAUGGAUCAGGUGCUUACUUUUCUAGGCGCAGGACAUGAAACUACGGCGUCAGGUCUGGCUUGGACUCUCUGGCUAUUAGCCAAAGAUCCCGUCAGUCAACAGAGACUUCGCGACGAGAUUACUCCUCUCCUCGAGGCCUCGUCUGAUGGUCUGUGGAAGGUUAGGCUAGGGUAUCGGGAACUGAAAGAUCUGGUUUGGCUGGAUUGUGUCAUUCAGGAAUCUCUUCGACUAUACCCUCCUGUGCCGAUGACCUUCAGGCAGGCAGCCACUACUGACCACGUCGACGGUGUUGUGAUUCCGAAAGGAACACUCUACUACAUCCCGAUCAGAGUUGUCAACACACUCAAAGAUAUUUGGGGAGAGGAUGCAGAGGAAUUCAAUCCCUUACGUUGGUUACCGGAAAACAACUUUGGGCAAGUCCCGUCAACGUUGACUUUCCUUGCUGGGCCGCACGCGUGCAUCGGCAAAACUAUGGCGAUUAUAGAAAUGAAAGCUGUCAUUGCUGCGCUCAUUGCAAACUUUGAGUUUUCACCCUCUUAUCAAGGCCAGAAGGCUAUUCCUACUGCUGCUGUCACCAUGAAACCAAAGGAUGGAAUGCCAUUGCUAGUCAACAAAGUUGUAAAGUAGUACAGAAGCUGCUCGAAUCAAUCAAUGAAUCCAUUUUCAUACCGUUGCUGCGUACACGAAAACCGUACUCCCUCCGAUCUCUUUAAUCUGUCCUUCUAAGAA